GACAUUUACUGCUUGGUGUGAAGUAUGAUUUCAAUAAGUCAACUUGCAGUGUGAUUUUUUUUUGUAAAACAUGUUAGCACAUACCCCAUGAAUUAGCCAAGACGUCAACAUAUUUUCUGAUCAACCUGGAAAGAGACUUUCUUAUACACCUGGAGCAAAUUGGACAUGAACCCCGACCUCCUGGUCCAGGGAUUUAUUUUUUUAAAAGUCGCCAUGGUUCUACUGGCAUGAAAGUACACCUCAAGCGAAGGGAACGAUUGGGAAGUAGAAAUGAUUCCAGUCACAGAGCUAUCGUAUUUUGGAGAACAAGACCCAGCAUUCAAAAUCCUGAAACCCUGGUGGGAUGUGUUUGCAGAAUAUCUGACCCUUCUCAUGGUUUUGGUCUCAAUGUUUGGAGGAGCACUGCAGGUAUCAAGUGAGCAGAUUCUGUGUAUCCCAGUUCCAGAGGGUCUCUCCAUUCAAGAGCGCCAAUGGAACCACUCUAUUUUGGAGGAGCUCAAUUUUAGUGUGUUUGCUACUGGAUUCCAGACUGGCCUAGAUGUCCAGCAAUAUUACCUUAUUAAUCAGUGGUGCUAUGAUAAUGCAGUUAUUUGGUUUUCCAAAUAUUUCCCUUAUCUGGUACUUCUGCAUUCUCUGAUAUUUUUAAUCAGUAGCAAUUUUUGGUUCAAAUUUCCUGGCACAAGUUCGAAGAUUGAACAUUUUAUAACUGUGCUUGGGAAAUGCCUAGACUCUCCAUGGACCACCAAAGCGCUAUCAGAAACAGUAUAUGAGGAGUCUACCCCCAGAAUACCUGUAGUUUCAGAAUCAAAUAUAGAUCAAUCGUUAUCUUCUAUUAGUAGUCCAUUGAAAGUUGAUUCUUCUGAGUCAUUGUCCCAAGAGAUGGCUUUCAGCAAUGACAUCCAUGAAGCAGAUAAAGUUUCUCUUUUAUCUAAAGGUUCCUCACAAGCUUUGAAAGCUGCUGGUGGUAUAAUGGUGGCCAACUCCUCAGUGAAAAUUUUGGAUAAAAAAGAAGGUGAACAAGCAAAAUCAUUGUUUGAAAAGGUGAAGAAGUUCCGCCUCCACACAGAAGAGGGAGACAUUCUCUAUACAAUGUACUUGAAUCAGACCAUUGUCAGAGCUGUACAAAGUGUUGUUAUCCUUGUCUACAUCAGCAUUUUCAUCCCUCAAAUGUGUAACAACAUUCACUGCGUUGAUGCACUGCACAUCACAGGAUUCACUGACUUCUUCUGCAUUCAUGGUUUAUGGAGGAUGUUUCGAAUGUUAUCCUUAGUAUAUAUAACUGCAAUUGUCUUAUACAGUUGCACAUGUCUAUACACACUGCACUGGAUACUCUAUUACAAAUUAAAAGAGUAUUCAUUUGAAAACGUGAGGGUUGAGACUGGGAUGGAUGAUAUUCCUGAUGUAAGAAACGAUUUUGCAUUCUUGCUUCAUCUUAUCGAUCAGUACGACAAACUUUAUGCCAGGAAGUUUGCUGUGUUCCUGUCAGAUGUGAGUGAGAACAAACUUCUUCAGCUCAAUUUGAAUCAUGAGUGGAGUCAAGAGCGACUAAAGCAGCGUCUCAUCACAAACAUUGAGAACAAAGUUGAGAUGCACCUCUUCAUGAUGCCUGGAAUUCCAAUCCAGGUUUAUGACCUGACCGAGAUUGAGGUGUUAAAGCUGGAACUCAUCAAAGGUGUUACCAUUUCUGCUGCCAUUUCCAACCUCAAAAUGAUGAAAGAAAUGUGGUUAUACAAUUGUUCAGUUAAGGUGGAAAGGCAGGCACUUUUAUUCUUGAAGGAGAAUUUGAUAACUUUACGUGUACGGUUUGGUAUUGCUGAUGAAAUACCUCCAUGGAUAUUCACCUUGAAAAGCUUGCGUGAGCUCUAUAUUGAAGGGCAACUGCAAACAGACAGUAAAAUCUCCACAGCUCUGCAAAUGUUUCGUGAGCUCCCUAAGGUAGACACUUUGCAUCUGAAAACUAAUAUAACUAAGCUGCCAACUGCAAUUUUAGACAUGGCACCUCACCUUCUAUGCUUGAUAAUUCACAACGAAGGUGUAAAAAUAACAUCUCUUGCAACCAUUAAGAAGCUUUUCUGCCUGACUCUCUUGAGGCUGCUCCACUGUAAUUUGGAAAGAAUUCCUAGUGCCAUCUUCAGCUUGACCAACUUACAGGAACUGGAUCUCAAAGACAACAACCUAAGUUCGACAGAGGAGCUUGCCAGUUGCCAAAACCUUCGCAAGCUCAUCUGUCUCAGGUUGUGGCAUAACAACAUCUCUUCAAUUCCUGUUCACAUUGCCAAAAUUGCUAACCUUGAAAUGCUUUAUCUGAAUAAGAACAAGAUUGAAUUCCUGCCUCCAAGUUUGUUUAAACUUACAAAGCUACUCUUCCUGGAUGUCUCACACAAUCACAUCUCCAAGAUCCCUCCUGAUAUAGACCAGCUUGUAGAACUGCAGCAUUUUGCUAUAGAAUGCAAUAAGGUGACCGAAUUACCAGAAAACCUUUUCUCUUGCACCAAGCUUCGGGUGCUCAACAUCUCACAUAAUAAUUUAACUCACCUCUCUCCUUCAAUUGGACGUCUUCGGCAACUGCAGUUUCUGGACAUUAAAGUCAACAAACUGGAUAAACUUCCAGUUGAAUUGGGACAAUGUGUUUUCCUCCACAAAAACCAACUGAUUGUAGAAGAUGAUAUUUUUAAAACCCUACCUCUGGAAGUCAGGGAGCAGAUUACAAAUAUCACAUCAAGCUAAACGUGAACGUUGAAGGCUUAAUAUUAAUCGUAUCAAAUCUACACAUAGUUAAAAGUUGGUUUUAUGGGAUGUUUCACUUAAUGGGAUGAUGAUGUUUUCAACAGAUAUAGUACCACAUUACCCUAAUGCAGUUCCACUUCACAGUCAUAACAGGAAGAUCGUUUCAGCUAAUUUUGGUAUUAGCAAUAAAUCAGACAUUUGAGUUGAAGUCUUAAACCAGGACAAUAUAGUGGUCCAAAACAUUGAUACUAUAAAGCAUAGGUCAUCAUGGGACUUUGACAACCAUGCUUAUAUGAGAAGAUAUGGUAUGGGAACAUACCAUUUGUUAACAAAAAAGCAGAGAGGGAAAAUCAAAACCACCCCCAUUCCAACUUCAAAGAAACCAACUCUGCAACUCCAUAUUGUUUUCCAAACAGGAACAGCUACUUGCUAUGAAAAUUGAAAACAUUCUUUUACAAGUCUAUUUGUUUAUCUUCCAAUAGUGACCAGGUCAAUAGAAAGUUGUCCAUAUUAAAUUCCAACUGAAGGAAUAGCCAGAAGGUAUAAGUUGUUAAUGCUCUGAUAUAUUGUACCACAGAUGUGAUAGGAUGCCCAUUACAAUAAUAGCCAUAGUUUUCUAAUGUAAUCUAGGCAUUGCUGAUCUAGGUUUCUUCCUAAGAGAGAGAGAAAUUUGGGUAAGCAGCCACAGCCUGAACCCUCUUGCACCUUUUCCCAAAAAAGGCACACAAGAUUAUUAUCAAAGAUCUGAGAGGAUUUGAAGAUGAAGACUCAUUGCUUAAAGGUGAAGCGAAUGAAAGUGGUGAGAUAUGUGACUCCCUGUACUAAACAACCAAAAAUACACUGGUUCCUUUCUUACAGCAGUUAGCUGUUUAUACUCAGAAAUUUGGAUUAUGUUUCAUUUCAAAUAAAAUAUAUGACCCAUGGCAUCAUGGAUAGUGCAUGAUUAGUUAGCACAGUAAUCUUUGUCAUGCACAAUGCAUGAUGAUUAUAAUCAGCCAUAUCACAGACAGCAAAAGAUGUGAUGUCCUUCACUUUUAACUUACUUCUGCCUUCUUGGAUUCAUAUGAUAAA